AUGGCAUCUGGAAUAUUGCGAGUCAAAGGCACCCAGGUGGUGGACGAGAAUGGCAAGGUUGUUCUGCUUCGAGGUUGUGCAAUAGGUGGAUGGCUGAACAUGGAGAAUUUCAUCGUCGGCUACCCUGGACAUGAAUCAAGUAUUCGAGCAGCCAUGCUUGGGGUCCUGGGACAGGAGAACUACGACUAUUUCUUUGAUAGGUGGCUCUAUCAUUUCUUCACCGAGACCGACGCUAAGUUUUUCAAAACUCUCGGACUCAAUUCUAUCCGUAUUCCAUUCAAUUACCGGCAUUUCGAGGACGACAUGAACCCUCGUGUGCUGAAGGAGAGCGGAUUCAAGCACUUGGACCGUGUCAUUGACAUAUGCUCCAAGGAAGGUAUCUAUACUAUUCUGGAUAUGCAUACACUUCCCGGCGGACAAAGUCCAGGGUGGCAUUCUGACAAUACAACGAGUUAUGCUGCAUUCUGGGAUUACAAAGACCAUCAAGAUCGCACCGUCUGGCUUUGGGAGCAAUUGGCACAGCGGUACAAGGGCAAUCCCUGGAUCGCUGGAUACAAUCCUAUAAACGAACCCUGUGAUCCUCAACACACUCGACUACCCGCUUUCUACGUCAGAUUGGAGAAGGCAAUUCGAGCGAUUGACCCCGAUCAUAUUCUCUGGCUUGACGGCAACACAUUUGCCGCUGAAUGGAAGGGCUUUGAUGAGGUCUUGCCGAAUUGCGUCUACUCGUUACAUGACUACAGUAUGAUGGGCUUCCCCACUGGAAGACCUUACAAGGGCACGGACGAGCAAAAGAAAAUACUUGAAGCACAGUUCCUUCGCAAAUCGGAAUUUCAAAGAUCCCGUGAGACUGCAAUUUGGAAUGGUGAAUUUGGCCCAGUGUAUGCUCAAGCGAAAUGGGAUGAAAAUGCAGAAGAAAUCAAUCAAGACCGCUACAAUAUGCUCGGUCAUCAAUUGCAGAUAUAUGACAAGUUCCAAAUCCCAUGGUCGAUCUGGCUGUGGAAGGACGUUGGUCUCCAGGGGAUGGUAUACACCUCCCCAGACUCAGCCUGGAACAAAUUGAUAAACCCGAUUCUUGAAAAGAAGAAACUACUCCAGUUGGAUGCGUGGGGCAAAUAUCCCUCCAAGGAAGUCGAGGAUCUUAUUAAGCCACUCGUCAGCUGGAUCGAUUCGGUAUCACCCACAGCGAAGACGAUAUACCCGAGCACGUGGAAUACAUCCCGGCAUAUUGAGCGACAAGUGCUUCAAACCUUCUUAGCCGAGACAUUUUGUAAGGAAUUCGCGGAGUUGUUCAGGGAUAAGGACAAAGCUGCGCUAGAGGAGCUAGCAGCAAGCUUUAGCUUCGAGCAAUGUUUGCAAAGGGAAGGUCUGAACAAGAUCAUGUCUGAAUAUGCCGCUGUGGCUUCGCAAUAG